AAAAUUCAAGUAAUUUAAAAUUGCCGAUUAGUUCUGUCGACUUGGAGUCAAAUGUGGUCAUGGAUGUUUCGAUGAUUCUAUAAUACCACCAACUCCAUCACCCGACUCAAAUAUUUCAAACUCGAGUCGAAUAAAAACACAAUUUUCUAAAGUAAACUCUCAAAAACAAAACUGUGGGAUUCCUGCAGAGACCUGCUGUGAAGUUGCAAUGGAUGUGUCAAAGAAAGUUGAAAGUUCGAUGGAUGUUAAAAACAGCAAUGAUGUUGACUCCUCUAUGAUUAUUGAUAAUGGUGUGUUAUCUUCACCUUUGAUUUACUGUAAUGGUCAGGAUGUUGUCCAUGGUUGUUCUAAUACUGAUGAACCAAAAGGUUCAACAAAUCUAUGACCAACGGAAAGGAUUCAUGCAAUGAAAAGUCUUUUAGGACAUCAUCAUUACAGUUGGCAAAAAAGAAAUUUAAGUUACAAAAAGCGAAAAGACCAGAGAGUAAGACUAUGUGCUAUAAUGGCAGCAAAGAUGACAGUGAAUGUAAAGGUUUGAUACAUGUAGAGGGACAUGCUGAGGAUUCUGUGUUGAAAGGUUAUGGUUUGCAGGGGAUAACUGUGAACAAUGAUGGACACAAAGAAAAUGAUGAUAAGAAUGAAACUAAAGAAAUGUUUAAGCUCAACACUCGACGGAAACUCUCCCUGGAAUCAUCCAAAGAUGAUGAACUUUUAGAUGCAUCUGUUGUGAAAAUAUUUUCACCCAUUAAAAGAGAAAACAAGAAUUCAAAAGAAGACGACAUCGUUGCUUUGGAGGACAUGACUGACCUACAAGCAGCUGAAUCAAACAUUUCAAGGUGGUCACGUGACAAAUGCCCGGACGUUUCGUUCGAUUGUGAUGACGUUGAACUUUUAGUCGGCGACAUCACGUGGUCACCUAUGGAGAUGGGCUCAGCCAAGAAGGAGAAGCGAGUCAGUUACGAGAAGGAUAAAGUCUGUGAUUAUGAUAAAGACAAGGGUCGUUGUAAUAGCGUUGCUCGUUUGACAGACAAGUUUGUCAAUCUUUCCAAUGGUAAACCUGAGCUCAGUUAUCGACGUUUUAUCGUACAGGAAGUGACGAAACGCGAGAUUCGUGAUAGUACGACCGCAAGAUAUGCCGGUAUUGAGAAAGUUCUGCGAUUGUUCGAUGAAACUAGUGGCGAAGAAGUGUUCUGUCGAUUGCGCGAGGAGUGGGAACAAACGGAAGUUGUGAACGGUGAUGCUGUUAAUAUUAUUGGUGAAAAAUCCGAAGUCAAUGGUUAUAUUUUGGAUAAUGGUAGCGAUAAUUACCUCGUCGUGUACCCAGAUAUCCUUGUUACUCCCACUUCCAUUGCAACGUCAGUAAAGUGUCUUCGACAAAGUAUCUUGGAUAAAUAUUUCAAGACCGAUGGACCUAACGAAGUGAUGUUCGUGGGAACUUUGGUUCAUCGUAUUUUUGAGGCGUCUUUAAAAGCACAAGAUUUUUCAAAAAAAUUUGUCACGGAGACAACCGAGCACUUGCUUCGUGAACCGUCGUAUCUUACCGAAUUGUAUGCCUUGGGAAUAACAGAAGAAGAUGUCUCGACGAAAGUUUCCGAAUACAUUCCCUUCCUCAGCGAGUGGGGAGCGAGAUUCUUCAGUGACGAACCUCAUCUUGUUAACGGUCUGAUCGAUUUCAAAGAUGGCGGGAAAUCAAACAACAUGGGCGAAGAUCACGUGGCUAUUUCCAUUUCUCGAGUUCUUGAUAUUGAAGAAUGUGUGUGGUCACCUGUUCUCGGGCUCAAAGGUCAAGUGGAUUCAUCAGUUGAAGUGAAAAUAAAUCGUCCCAACAUCACGAAGAAGAAAUCAUCUCACAUUCAAACCUGCGUUCUUCCUUUGGAAUUAAAAACUGGAAAAUGUCAACGAAAACUUGGCUCCCUCGAACAUCGUGCGCAAGUGAUUCUCUACAGUCUUAUGAUGAUGGAGCGAUACAACUGUACCUUAGAUUCUGGACUUCUUCUCUACCUGAAGGCUGGGCACAUGUUGGGUGUGCCUGCGUACAGGCAUGAGAAGCGUGCUUUGAUAAUCAAGAGGAAUGAGCUUGUACGAUAUUUGUCACAUAGCGGAAUAAAUGGCCCUAUAAAGAUGCCUGGAAUUCUUUGUGAUGAACAUAAAUGUAAAUAUUGUCCUCAGCUUCGAGUCUGUUCCUUAUAUCACAGAGCGGUUGAGAAUGGCGAUAGUGAGAAUUUUGGGAAUAAUCAUCUCCUCCAUAACUCAACUAGUCAUCUUGGCCCAAAACAUUUGAAAUAUUUUUCUCAUUGGAAUAAUUUAGUCUCACAUGAAGCUCAAGCGAUGAAGGAUGUACCUAUUGUCACUGUUCUCAAAUUCCUACAUCCAGGAAAAAGACAUGACCAGGAUAUCUGGCGUUUAAGAGGGAUAGAACGUGAACAAUUGGGAUAUUGUUUCAGUCAAAUGCUCCUAGUAUCGUGCAGUGUCACUGAGGAUCCUGAAAGAUACUUAAAUACGUUCAAAAAGAUGAUUUCAAGUUCACAGCUGGUUGUAGCAGAUACGCACUUGUGUAGUGGUGAUUACGUUGUUGUCAGUCAAGAUGGUGGUACUAUUGCUUUGGCGACAGGAUUCCUUAAAGAUGUGUCAAACGAAAAUCUGUCUGUCUUAUUGGAGAAGGAUCUAACCCAGAGUUAUCAUCAUGGACGUUGCUCCGACGGUCGACGACCUUUAUACCGUAUCGAUAAGUCAGAAAUUUCGACAGGAGCAACUAUACAAUGGUCAAAUCUUGCAAAUUUGUUCAUUACCGAGAACGAACGUUGCGCUAAACUACGACGUCGUGUUGUUGAUCUUGAACCGCCAACAUUCGCUAAAGAAGUUGAGGAAAUUCAUGUCGCUCCUCGCGGCCGUGUUUCUGAUGUCUGUAGCAGUGAUUUCUCAUCAGGUUCUGCGUCUUCACUUGUAAACAAAAGUCAAGAAAACACUGACGAGUUGUCGAAAAUUUUUCAUCUUUUAAAUUCUAACCAAAAGGAAGCGAUCAAGAAAGUUCUUACAGCUGAAGAUUAUGUGUUGAUUCUUGGGUGUCCUGGUGCUGGCAAGACGCACACUAUUGCUUGUCUUGUUCGUGCUUUGAUUUCUCGUGGAAAAUCUGUGUUGCUUACAAGCUAUACUCACUCGGCUGUUGAUAACAUUCUAUUGAAACUUCUCCAGAAUCAAGUUGAUUUUCUUCGUUUGGGCACCUUUCAAAAAGUUCACGCAGAUAUUAAACCGUAUGUUGUCAGCAAGGCAGCGAAACACAUAAAGACAGUUAACGAACUCAAAGAAUUUUACGAAUCAAGGUUUACUUAUAAGCUCGUCGCUACGACUUGUCUUGGAGUGAACAACGCCAUCUUUAGACAAAGAUGUUUUGAUUAUUGCAUCGUUGACGAGGCUUCCCAGAUCACUCAGCCAGUUUGUAUCGGUUCAUUACGUCACGCGUCAACGUUUGUUUUGGUUGGUGAUCAUUAUCAACUGCCUCCGCUGGUCGAGAGUUCUUUUGCAAAAAAGAAUGGAAUGGAAGUAAGUCUAUUUAAACUCCUGUCUGAGACGCAUCCCCAAGCUGUAGUUUAUCUAGAGUAUCAGUAUAGAAUGCAUAAAUCCAUCAUGGCUGUCUCCAACCACCUCGUUUAUAACAAUCGUCUAAAGUGUGCCAAUGACGACGUUUCCGAGAAAUUACUGGAUUUGCCAAACUUCGCUACUUUACUUCGUGAUAUAUUGUCGAGAGAAGAUCGCGGUGAUUACACGUGGUUGUUACAAGUUCUUGACCCGCAAUCACCCGUCUUGUUUCUCGAUACAGACCGUCUGCCCGCGCCUGAAGUUCGUAAUGGUCGUAAUGUGCUAAAUAAAAUCGAGGCAGACCUGGUUGCGACACUAGCUCACGGUCUGAUCAAGUGUGGGCUGGGUUCUAAUGAUAUCGGAGUGAUUUCGCCGUACAAACAGCAGUUAAAGGCGAUCAGGAAAUGUCUGAAUGCAGAUCACGUGAUAGAGAAGAAUUCCUCUUCUGCAUUCAACAUCGAGAUCGACACGGUUGACAAGUAUCAAGGUCGCGACAAACGUUGCGUUAUUGUGUCGCUGGUCAGAAGUAACGCAGACGGACAUGUGGGUGAACUCUUGAGAGACUGGAGAAGAGUGAACGUUGCUGUCACUAGAGCCAAACAUAAACUCGUUUUGCUUGGUUCCAAAAGCACCCUAAAUCAUAAUGCAUUGUUCCAGGAAUUAUUUGCUUUGCUCGAAGAGAACAAGUGGGUGUAUUGUCUUCCCCAGUCUGUCGGCCGUGGCUUGUUGCCAUGGUGACCUCGGAACAAUUAGUUAGUUUUUCAUUUAGAAUUUUUCAAUUUUAAAAUGGUUGAAAAGGCGAUGAUGGGAACUUAUGUAAUUUAAAACCAGUUAUAAAUUAUGAAAUCGUUCUUAACAAUAGCAAGUUCAUAAUGUUCUCUUAAUUUCUAUAAGCAAAUAUUUAUUUUGAAAUAUAUUUAAGAUUUUUUA